AUGGACGGCUCCCAAGGCCAGGCCGGUCAGCCCAUGGUGCCGCAGCAGCAGCAACAGCAGCAACAGCAGCAACAGCAACAGCAACAGCAACAACCGCACUCGAACCUCAUACGGACCGACCAGGUACAGAAACUUCCCCAUCUCAAUGAACAACAGAAGGCGCAGCAUACUCAGUUGGUGCGCAACCUCUGGGAUGUACUCAACAGCCGCGAUGCGCAAAGUCACGAAUACCAGACAGCACAUUCGAAGCUAUCGCAGCUAUCACAAAAUUUGAUGAAAGGGAUGCGGGUGUUCCAGCAGACUCGCCAACAGGCACUCCAACAACAACAAAACCAGCCCCAGCCGACCCAACCGAUGGGUCAGGUUCCUCAGGGCCAGCCACAGCAGGGCCAGCCCGUUCAGCGCACUCAAUCGAACAACCCCCAGAACCUUGGCCAGCUUCUGCCACAAAUUCAGGCCAAGGUCAGCUCGUUGAAUUUUUAUCUGCCACCAAAUGUCACCAACGAGCAGGUCCAAACGUGGAUUCCCGAGGCCCGGUUGCGAUACGGAAUUGCGCUCCAGAAGCAGGAAGUCGGACGGGCUCGUAUUGCGGACUUGCGUCAGUCAUUCUCUCAGCGUCAAGCUGCUGGUAAUAUGACGCAGGAGGAGGUGCAGGAAUUCAAGAACCGCCAGCUAGCUGCGGAGAAGCUGUUCCGUGAAGGCAGUGAUUUCCUGAACAAGUUCAAAGAGCAGCAAGAGAGCUUCAAAAUGCAAUCACAGCAGCAAACCCAGCCGAUGGUCAACCCGACCCAGCAAAACCAGGGAGCUGCAGUGGCACAGCAGAACAAAGCUGCUCCUGUAGCAGCCGUGCAGCCACCCCAGCAACCACCCCAACAGGCGGCUCCGAAUCAACAACCGCAAAACACGACAAGUUCGAUGCCAGGACAGGCGCCUACCCCAGCACCCCACACUAUCAACUCGGCUGUCAACGCUGCACGCAACCAAGCUGGACAAGCCAUGUCCCCAUCGACAUCCCAACCAGGGCAAGCACCUCCCUCUGCAGGCGGCACGCCUGUUCCUUCCAACGCACCACCACCUGCCCAGCGUCCUCAACCUUCUUCCCAACAGGGAACGCCAGGCGCGCAAAUCACCUUCAGUCAAACUCCCAACCCUGAUGGCUCAACUCCUCCAAACUCUCAGCAAGGUCCCAAUCAGGGCCCACCACGCCCAUUGACCCAGGCUACGGCUAUGCAACAAUCCGCGAACACCUAUACCGCGCACCAAGGCCAGCCACAUCAACCACAACCACAGCAGCCUAUGAACCAGGCUGCCAGCCAGCAACAAGCUCACCCACCGGGAUAUCUCGCCAACCGUUCCGCCGAAGCAAGCGCUCGCAACAUCAACAUGGUCAUCCCCAAGAACCUGAACGUUUCAACCCCAGAGCCCGUCUCGAUGUCUACCCCACGCCCCUCCCUCUCUGGAGGACCAAGUCAUGGUGCAAUGGGUAUGAUGGGACAACCUGCCAUCCAGAAACACCCGGGCUACGUACUCGAAGGUGAAGGCCAGCACGUUCUCAGCAAGAAGAUGCUAGACAUCCUCGUCCGCCAAGUAACCGGAGGAGGAGAGGGAGAAAUGCUAACUCCCGACGCUGAAGAGUUCAUCCUCCAAAUGGCAGACGACUUCGUCGACGACAUCCGCGAUAUCCAGCUCGUCCUGGAACGCAACUACAACAUGCGUAUUUCCGGCUUCGCUACCGACGACCUUCGUACCGUCAAGAAACCCCAGCCGACUACGGGCUGGCUUCAAAAGAUGUCCGCCGUCCAAGCUGCGAAGGUGACUCAGGGCCGAACGGAGUAA